UGUUUGUGCUUUCCGUAUCCAUUAGCGUAUCAGCUGUUCCACGCAAGACUACAAACCUGGGGCACAAUUUGUAACAAAGUUCAUCAACCCCAAGUUCAAGCAAAGUAAACAGCGCAAACAGAGCACGCCUGUGUUUUAUUGAAAGAGAAUUCUAACCCCCUUUUCCCCGAUCUGUAUAUUCAGUCUUCAGUAAAUUACUAUAGGUUAAUAUAAAUAGUAGAAUGCACCGGGCUAAGAUCGUUUUUGGACACCUGACUCAAUGUCCAGCAGCGGCCAGACCGAAUUCAGUGCAGAGGGCUGAAUGCAAGUCUUUCCCCCGAGCGAGUCCGGAUGAUAUUGUCGUGGUGCACGGACUGAGGACCGCGAUUGGGAAAGCGAAAAGAGGAGCAUUUAAGGACACCACACCUGAUGAGCUACUGAGCGCUGUGAUGACCGCUGUCCUGAACGACGUCAACCUGAGUCCAGCCAGACUGGGAGACAUCUGUGUGGGAAAUGUGCUGCAGCCUGGAGCUGGGGCCCUCAUGGUGCGAGUGGCUCAGUUUUUAAGUGGGAUCCCCGAGUCUGUGCCGAUAUACACUGUGAACAGAAUGUGCUCUUCAGGGCUGCAGGCUCUGUUCAAUGUUGCAGGUAGCAUCAGAAAUGGUUCUUAUGACAUUGGCCUAGCCUGUGGGGUGGAGAGCAUGUCCCUGCGUUCCCCGGGGAACCCUGGUGAUGUGAGCUCCAGACUCAUGGAUAACGAGAAGGCCCGGGACUGUCUCAUUCCUAUGGGAAUCACAUCGGAGAACGUGGCAGAGAGGUUUGGCGUUUCCAGGCAGAAACAGGAUGCCUUCGCUGUGUCUUCUCAACAGAAAGCAGAGAAAGCUCAGAAGCUGGGUCUGUUCGCGCAGGAGAUCGUUCCGGUGAGCACCAAGUUUGUGGACAGCGAAGGGAACGAGACGAGGAUAACAGUGACGCAGGACGAUGGGAUCAGGGCAGGAACAACGCUUGAAGGACUGGCCAAACUCAGACCUGCCUUCAAGGAGAACGGCAGCACGACUGCAGGUAAUGCCAGCCAGGUGAGCGAUGGCGCGGCGGCUGUGCUGGUGGCCAGGCGCUCCGCGGCUCAGCAGCUGGGUCUGCCGGUGCUGGGGGUGCUGAGAGCCAGCGCUGUUGUGGGGGUGCCCCCCGAUGUCAUGGGAAUCGGGCCAGCCUACGCCAUCCCCAUCGCACUGCAGCAAGCAGGUCUAACAGUGGAUGAUAUUGAUGUAUUUGAAAUUAAUGAGGCUUUUGCCAGUCAGGCCCUGUAUUGUGUGGAGAAGCUGGGGAUCCCUCUGGACAAGCUGAACCCCAGCGGAGGGGCCAUUGCCCUGGGGCACCCCCUGGGCUGCACUGGGGCUCGACAGGUGGUCACGCUGCUCAAUGAGCUCAAACGCAGGGGCAGAAGAGCCUAUGGUGUUGUGUCCAUGUGUAUCGGAACUGGAAUGGGGGCCGCUGCAGUCUUUGAAUACCCAGGCCAAUCAAAUCUUCAGAAAGUAUAGUUCAGAGUGCAAACACUUUCUAACUAACGGGACCAAUAGCACUUUGUAGCAAUGGAGAUUUGAAGCGGGUGUUGGUUGGUAUAAUUGAUUGAAUUGUUAUUGUUUGUCCUUUGUAACAAUAUCUGUACUAAUGAAUAAUAAAUUUGAGAUGUUGCGAUUGUUUA